UUAAUUUCGAGAAAAUAAUUAUAAAAUUUUAUAUUCAGCAUUUUUAUCUCGAGUUUAAUUUUGCUUGUGAUGAUUGGAACAAUUAUGGAUUUGCUACAAAGACAUGCAAGUAAUUAUGAUGUUGAGAAACAGAAUUCUGGUUUGACGAAAGAAAUAUUUUUAUCCUUCUCAUUGUAUACCAAUGUACAGAAAUUAUUUCUUAGCAAGAAAUCUUCUGAAACGUUAACAGUUCUCUACGGUAUAAGAGUGAUUUCUAUAUCGUGGAUUAUUUUAUGCCAUUCUCAUUUAUACAUAGACACACAGUCUAUAGCUGGUAUAUUAUUUUAUAAAGAAUUCUUUAGAGGAUUUGAUCUUCAAUUUAUUGCCAAUGGCACACUUUCAGUGGAUACUUUUUUCUUUAUCAGUGGCUUGUUAGUAUCUUAUACAACGUUAAAUAUUGUAAGAAAGCAUAAGAAGAAGUUUAAUAUUCCUGUUUUCAUCAUCUAUCGAUUUUUCAGAUUAACACCAACGUACGCUGUGGUUAUUGGAAUUUUAUUCGUUUUACCAUUGUUGGGUGAUGGACCUGUCUGGAACUUAACUCUUGAUCCGGAAGUUGAAAAAUGCCGUAAAGGGUGGUGGAGAAAUUUAUUAUUUAUUAAUAACUUUAUCGAAAGUCAUAACGGGUGUCUAGAUCACAGUUGGUACUUAGCAACGGAUACACAACUUUACAUGGCAUCAUUAAUAGUAGUAAUACCGCUCAUUAGGUGGUCUACUCUUGGACUUAUAAUCAAUUUCAUAUUACUGAUUCUAUCAAUGAUAGUAACUGCGUUUAUAACACUCUACAUGAAGCUACCUCCAACUGCAUUAACCGCAUCGUAUACAAAUUCGAGUGAUCGAUUCCUCGAUUGGUCAAAAGUAUAUUACAAACCAUAUCCCCACGUUGGAGCAUUUUGCAUUGGAUUAGCAACUGGUUAUUUACUAGUCAAGAAGCCUCAAUUAAAAUUAAGUAAAUGGAUUCAAGCAUUAGGAUGGAUCUGCACUUGUGUCUGUAGUGCCGCAGUAUUGUUUUCUGCAAGAGAUUGGAAUUUAGGUCAUAAACCUGCACCGUGGAUCUCUGCUCUUUAUGCAUCCACGAAUCGAACUGUGUGGUCUCUCUGCGUGUCUUGGGUUGUAAUAACGUCUGUGUACGGUUACGGAGGAAUCGUAAGUAAAUUUCUUAGCUGCAAAUUGUUUGCGCCUUUUAGUAGAGUUUCUUAUUCCACUUAUCUUAUUCAUCCUUUAAUAAUAUGGAUAUACAACGCUGAAAGACAAGAUACAAUUUAUCCAUCUCACUUUACUUGGAUGUAUUUGGUAAUAGGCCAUAUUGUUUUAUCCUUUCUUUGUGCUUUUGUGAUUUCUCUCAUAGCCGAAUCGCCAUUUCUCGCUUUACAAUCAAUUCUUUUUAGAAGAAAUAUAAAAAAAAUUGCCUCAAAUGAAUUUAUUUCUGAGAAAAUCGAUGUAAUAGAUAAAGAUCAUAAUAAGAUAUAUAUUAAUACUGUUUGUAGUUCGACAGUUAAUUUGCCACCUGACAAGGAUUCAAUAAAAUAUAUAUAUCGUCUAUAAAAUUUGUGUAAAAUAUAAGAUAUCAAUUUUAUUGCUGUAUAAAACGAAGGUAUCACAUGUUAAACUGCACAAGAAUGUAAAUUUUUAUGUGAAUUUACACAUAUGGAACAUGUUAUAUAUUAAUUUUAUACCUGUUAUAUAUAACUUACUUUGUACAAAAAUGUUAUAUAUUAUAUUAUAAAGCGAUCUUCAGAAUAUAAUUAAUUGAAGAUAGCAUUGCAGUUUACGAGUCGUGUAUAAAACUUGUUUUAAAGAAAUUAUUUUGAUAAAUACAGAAAAUCUUCCAAUUUAUAUGUGAUAUAAUUAAGAAGAAUAAUUGUUUUGUAUAAAAUUA